CAGGUUGUCGAGAGGUGCGACUCGGGGCGACGCCAGUGCUGGCGAUGAUAAGGCUCGAGAUGGCAGCGCACGAGAUGGGGGGCCGCCCCGUCGACCUGAACAAGGGCAUGCGGUGCAUCAAGUACCUGCUGUUCUCCUUCAACUUCGUGUUCAUGCUGACGGGCAUGCUGGUGAUCGCCGUGGGCACCACCAUCCUCGCCGCCUACCAGAAGUUCGACAGCUUCCUGGAGAGCAGCUUCUACUCGCCGGCCACGCUGCUGAUGGCCGUGGGCGUCGUCAUCGGAGUCGUGGCCUUCUUCGGCUGCCUGGGCGCCGCGCGCGAAAGCACCUGCAUGAUCAUGGUGUUCUCCGUGCUGCUGGGGGUCGUGUUCGUGCUGGAGGUGUCGGCGGGCAUCGCGGCCUACGUGCUGCAGGACAACCUCGGCGCGGCUCUGGGCGCGCGCAUGCAGACGCUCAUGGGCCAGUACCGCAGCGACAGCGGCGUCCGGCACACCUUCGACUUCGUGCAGCGGCAGCUGCACUGCUGCGGCGUGCACCACCUGCAGAACUGGAGCAGCGUGCUGCAGGAGGGCGACCCGGGCACGCUGCAGUUCGGCGGGACGGCGGUGCCCACGUCGUGCUGCGCGCGCGACCAGCCGCCGCCGCCGCCCUACAACGGCACCGCCGCCGCCGCCGCCUGCCACAUGGUGUACGGCAACGGCUGCCUCGGCCGCGUGCAGCUCAUGCUGAGCCAGAGCGCCAUCAUGCUGGCGAGCGCCGCCUUCACGCUGGCGCUGCUGCAGCUGCUGGGCGUGGCGUUCGCGUGCUCCCUGGGACGAUCCAUCCGCGAGCAGAAGACGUAUCGUGAGCGGCGCCGCUGGGAGCUGCGCGAGAAGCUGAUGAACAGCUACACGCCGCUGGGGCAGACCGACCCCAAGAUCACCUACCCCGUCAUCUUCAUGAAGAAUGACAAGGCGUCCGACUGCUAGGGUUGUGGGGAUCUCUCUCCCCUUCCCCUCCACCGGCCCUCUUAUCCCCUCUCCGUCUGGCUCUAUCUACACCCUCCCUCCUUCCACCCGACCAUUUUCCCCUACACCCUCUUAUCCUCUCCCCUUCACUCUAUAUCCACUCCCUCCUUCCACCCAACCAUUUACCCAUACACCCACUUAUCCUCUCCCCUUCACUCUAUAUCCACUCCCUCCUUCCACCCAACCAUUUACCCAUACACCCUCUUAUCCUCUCCCCUUCACUCUAUAUCCACUCCCUCCUUCCACCCAACCAUUUACCCAUACACCCUCUUAUCCUCUCCCCUUCACUCUAUAUCCACUCCCUCCUUCCACCCAACCAUUUUCCCCCUCACCCUCUUAUCCUCUCCUCUUCACUCUAUAUCCACUCCCUCCUUGCUUCUACCCAACCCAUCUUACCGAGAUGUAUUCCCGCUCUAUCCACACUCUCCCUCUCACUUUUACUUGCCUGCUUCCUUCCCUCCUUCACACCAUACCUCCUUUCCAACAGUCUUAUCCACACCAUCUUACCUACUCUAUCCAUACCCUCACUUCCACCCCCUUCCACCUACCCAGCCUCACACCCUCUGUCCUGUCUCUUUCCAGCCGCCUUAUCUUCCCACACCCUCCGCACCAUGCCUUUCACCCUAUACACACCCUCUUGAGCGCACAAUGUGCCCGAGAGUUCACAAAUUGUAAGCCUUACCACGCAUCUAAACCUUACCUGGAAAUACAUUUUCGCAGUGCAUACACAAUUAGCUGUGAGCUAGAAAAAUUAGAGAUAUCUGUAUAGGUUCGUUUAAAAGUACAAUGCGCGAACAACGAAACUGAAAACUAAAGUAUUUGCAUAAACAUAUUAAAAAAAAUUACUAAAUCAAGAUUAAGUAUUAUAUCAAAACAAUCACAAUACUACUAUGUACUUUUAGUUUUACGUUUUAAACUUAAUGUUUACUUUGUAUUAUUAGAUCACAGACAAAGUAGUUAAAUAGAUUCAAAAUUUCUUGGUAUUUAAUAAUAACUAUUGAUGUCAGUUAAUUUUUUUCUUUCAUUUUUGCGUAUACUUUUGAAAUGAACAGGGAAUCCAAGGCAGCCAAAUGACCGUAGUUGUAAAGCAAAUCGGUCUGCUUUGAUUAGAUAUUAGUUCAUAAAAGUUAAACCCGUCACAUAAUUAUUUGCGCUAUGUGAGUAAUUUUUGUUAUUUUACGCCUUUGAUUUUAUUUUUAUUUCUUAGAAUUCAUUUUAAUAGAUCUAGAUAAAUGUUAAAGCCUUUAGUUGCUAUAAGUCUAAAGAUUGUAAUACAACUUUUGAGGUAGUUGUCUCUGAAAGCUGUUAAAUAAAUUUUAACAUUAUUUUCUUUAAUAUUACUUUAAUUAAUUUUGGUUUGUUCAAAGAAUGUUCUUUUAUCCAGAGAUAUAGCAUGGCAGUUAUUUAUGGGUUUAUAAUAUUCUUUUAUUCUUUACAUACUUUUAAAGGGUUACUGUCAUCUCAAUUUAGUGUUAUUUUAGGUUCUAUUAACUGAUGAUUUGCAGUGUAAUAUGAAAAACUGCAGAAAAAGUUGUAUGUUUAUUUGUAAAUACAUUACAUGUUGUUCUUAAAAAUUGUGAUUAAAUUGAACAAAGACAAAAAUAAAGCUUCAAAAGUGAAA